AUGCCGCACAGCGCUAAAAGGAUUCUGCGGCGUCAAGACGGAGACGACGAUGACGAUGAUGAUGAUGAUGACGGAGUUUAUGAUUGGGAAACUCCACUAGAAACUUUUGAAACCGAUAUCGAUAAACAGGAUAACGAAAUGGAUGAGUUUAUUACAUUCUAUCGCGUGAUGACGCAACUAGAACAGAAUGACUCUGUUUGGUAUCAACAAUUGGUAUCUGGCCUCACAGAAGAACAGCAGGCGGAACUGAAGGAAAUUGUCGACACAGCGAUUAAGUGCAUGCAGCAGAAGGGUCAGUCUAUAUUUCUCAUCACUUGUCUUGAAGAGCUAGAUUUCUAUAAAGCGCUGAAUUAUUUAAUUAAUUUGAAAGUUUCAAUAAGCUUGAAAAAAUCCAAGCGUAUCGAGCAGACUGGGGGCUACAACUUUUCACAGACUACUGUUCCAGCAACCUUCAAUUUCGGUCCCACCCAAUCUCCUGGCUAG